UCGACCGCGCGCCCCGACGACCAGUGGCAUCCGAAGCCUCACGCGCCUCACAGCUGGAGCAACGACCGGCCUUCUUCCUCGUCUCAGCCCGGCUCUCCCUCCUCUCCUGGCGGCAGAACACUCUCCAAAAUGGCGCGUCAAGACCGUCUGGUGGCGCUGCUGGUGAUCCUGGCGGCGGCGCUCCACCUGGCCAGCGGCGGAGGCCAGGUGCCGCGCGCCGUGAACAGCACCGCCCAUUCUCGACCCAAGCGACUCGUCUACUUCACCUCCGAGCGACGCCUGAGACUCCCGCCCGAGACUCUGUUGGUUUUCACGCCCACGCUCAGCCUCCCCGCCGGCAGGAACCUCCCUAUAGGCUAUGCUGCUUCGAUGACCAUCUCAAUUCCUUUCGAAAUUCGCUUCGAUGACCUCGGUUUGACCUCUGAGGAGAAUCCUUUUGGACUUUGGCCUAAACUCGGGCCGUUUAGGAAGAAGAGGGACAGUUCCGCUCCUCUCUCGGGCAUCAACUGGGCAGGAGGCGACAGGGAAAUGAUAUACCAGGUCAUCGAGGACACUUUAUCCAAUAUGGGCAUGAACGGAACCGCCUGCCUCCUGAGGACCAUCUGCGAGAUGUUCCAGUUUCCCCUCGAGAAGCACGGCUUUUUCGGCGAGUUUCUCGAGCUCCUUUUCAGCGCCAGCCGGUCCCCCCACGCCGAGAAGCGCCUGCCGGAGUACACGCGCGCGGAGAGGGUCGGGCGCGCGUCAGGAGACUGCUUCGAGUACCAAACCCACUGCCCUCGCUCCCUCUUCACGAACCCCGGGCAGACCAUGUGGAUCAACGUUGACCCAAAAGAAGCGAGUUUUUACGAGGAGACAAUCAGCUGUCAGUGACGCGGCGCUGACUGAGGCCGGUGACAGACAGCAGGGAAUCCUGUGAAGUGUAUUUAUUGGAGGGCAUUUUAAGAAGCAUUAUGUGUGAUAUUGCAAAUUCCUUUUUCGUCCUUGCACUCGCGAGGAAAAGGAAUGAAUGGUGUAAAAAUAUCUUAAUAAAGUAGUUCAUUUC